GCUUGUGAUGAUACCUUAGAGCCUUAUUUUGCUAGGUGGCUAAAAUUAGUUCCAAGUUGGCAUAUCAUGCAUCACUCAUUCUUUCUAUAAAUCCAUGCAUGCAUACUACACUUCAUCGCUUACAGUCUUCCAUAUACCACUCUUCCCCUUCUCUCAACCAUAAACCUCAAUAUUCCCAAAUAUGGAUAUUUGGUCAUGGAUAUGUGACCUACCUAGUUCUCCCGAAUGGAGCAAUUCAAACUCGCAACUCUUUUACAACCUUGCUUCUUCUAGUAACACCACUAGAGAAAACUCAACUCGAUCAAUUCAACUAAAUGCUGAACGUUCAUCCGAGUUGAAAACUGAAGUAUGGAUAACGUUUUCUAUAUGUAUCCAAGGAUUUGAUCCUAACGAGUUGCCGUCGUCUCAUAAGACACUAUGGUUGUCCGACCCUUGUUCCCUUUCCUCUAAUAAGCCUUUUCUACCUCUUGUGCUCCAACUUGUCCAAGAAACAAUAAAUCGUGCACCUAUAACUUUUCAUGAUCACACCCACCAUGGAUCCCGAUUUGUUAAGGUAAAACUUUACCCAAUUGCAAGGAUCCUUGAGACGUAUACACCUGAAUCUUUUUCGUGUUUUUUCAAUCUAUUGUUAUUCACGCGCUUAUUUUGGCUAUGUGCGUGUGAUGCUCCUACCGAAGUUGGAUCUUUCUACUUCCAUUCUUUAUUGGGUCCAAACCUCGAGUUAUUGUCACGUGUUAAUCGCGUGCCAGUGUUGAAGGGGUUCAUGGGUGUUGUUGGUGCCGAUGUUGAGAUGUGCAUCUCACGCGCCUUUGGAUAUAUGCUAGCAAAGUGGUUGAUUACAAGAGAGAUGCGCGUGGGAUUGACAUCGUUACUACCUUUGCCUUCAAACCUUGGGCUUACUUAUGCUUCGGAAGCUUGUAGUCUUUGGUUGUUGAAAGGCUACUUGCCAAUAUGGGGGAUGAAGCGUACGUGCUCAAAUGAUGGGAAAGAAGGAUUCCUUUUUGUUGGGGCUAAGGAAUCGGCACUAAGGUAUGCUCUAGCACAUCAGCAGCUAGAGGCUCAUAUUCAGCUUGAAUAUGCAGUUAGAUUCUUUGAAGGCCAUAUCCAAGUUAGUGCACGUGUUGAUAACAUACGAGUCCACGUGGUAAAACUAGGGUUUAAUAAAAAUGAAGACGGUAACGAGGUGGAAUUUCGUGAAGAGUUGUAUUUCCCUUCAAGAAUUGAAUUUUGGGUUGGACCGGAGGUUGGGUCUGACUAUGUAACAAGUUUGAGUUUGGGAAAAUCAACCGUUAAUUCAGAAAGAGAAAUUGAGACACAGAAAUUAGUGAAAGGUAGUUUUGGUAAAAUGAAGAAUCCUAAGGUGAAAACUAUGUCAAGGACCUCAACAAAGAUGAAGAUGAAGAAUUGGAGAUGCGACCAAGAUGUUGAGGGAAACGCUGCAAUAUUUGAUGCAAUUUUUUACGACAACACAAAUGGAAUCGAAGUUUAUAGCACAAAGUUAAAUGGUGGUGCAUGUAUCAAUAACAAGCCUAAGGACGAUUUAGGGAAAAGGUAUUCAACAGUAAAUAGGCCUUUUAUGAAAUCUGGUGGCCUUGUUUUCACUGGAAAUGAGUAUGGAGAAGAGGUUAAGUGGAGAUUGAACAAAGAAAUGGAGGGUAGUGUGUUGAAGUGGGGAAUUGGGUGCAAAAUUUGGUUGACUUAUUGGCCAAGUGACGUGGAGAGUUCUUAUUAUGAAACUAGGUGCAUAGAAUGGAGUGAUGAGGUUGACUUGCCACUAAUUCCUACGAGCUGUAAUUAGAUUGUAUACAAGUAUAUGAUUAAUAAUGCCAUGUAGAAGUAAUCCAUGUAUUAUAUAGUUACAUGUCAUCUUAGUAACCGAAUGAAUGUAUGAUAAAUAAUUGUAAUUGUAAUUAAUUAUAGCUUAAUUAUUUGAUGUAUGGUUUAGAGGUACUAGCACUGCUACACGCUUAUUUUA